AUGAAAGGACAAGAGGAGCUUAUUGGAAUGAAUGGUGUUUUCAAAAAGCGGCGGAUUGGGAAUGCAAAUAAAAAUAACAUAACUUCUUCAUCGGAAGAUGAACAAUUCGAAGAUGCUCUAUCAAAACAUUUUGACAAAAUAAGUAAAGAGAAUGAGGUAGUAACAGAAACAAAAAAAAUUAAAGAAAUCAGAAAUGCGGAUAAAGACAAUAUAAAUGAAAACAAGAAACGCGUAGUGGCAACGCAAGGUGACAGAGUAGACUCUGACAACGAAUAA